ACUUACCAAAACGAUGUGAUAGUAUAAAUCGGUUUGACAAUAUUGGUUGGUGGUGGUCUUAGAAGUCUGCGAGAAAUCUCUAAUUUUAUAUUAUUAUAAAUAAAAAAAAUCUAAUGAUGAAAUAAAGCUUAGUUCGGAUCAAGACAAAAGCGAUUGUUAUCUACCCAUUUGCUCUCUCGCGCCCAGAAAUGGCUCCCAUGGCAUCCGCUGCGACAUCCAAAGUGCAACCUCAUCGCUGUCCGAUACUUGUAUCCUCUUCCUCUUCCAUCCAUCAGUUCCAGCAGCAAUCCAUAGAUUUCCCUUCGAAUCACGGAAUAAGCAGUAGAAGAAUCGUCUGCAAGGGAAAGGCUUUCCGCGGAACGGCGAUAUGCGCCGCCGCGAGCUCAAGCGCGCCGUCUUCGUCGGGACUUUACACCGCUCAAACGUUCGAUCUGACGGCUAAGAACGUCGACUUAGUCUUGGACGACGUCAGGCCUUACUUGAUCGCUGACGGCGGGAACGUCGACGUCGUCUCCGUCGAAGACGGCGUUAUCUCCCUUCAACUGCAAGGAGCUUGUGGGAGUUGCCCUAGCUCAACGACCACCAUGAAAAUGGGGAUUGAACGAGUUCUGAAGGAAAAAUUUGGGGAUGCAGUCAAAGAAAUCCGGCAGGUGGGCAAUGAAGAUAUCAACGGGGCAGCUACUGUGGAGGCUGUGAAUGGCCAUCUUGAGAUUCUAAGACCAGCGAUUAAGAACUAUGGCGGGAGUGUGGACGUGCUAUCGAUCAAGGGCGGCGAGUGUCAGGUUAGAUACACAGGGCCCGAGUCUAUCGGUUCAGGAGUCAAAGCAGCAAUCAAGGAGAAGUUCCCAGAUAUCCAAAAUGUCGUAUUUGUCGACUAGGUUGUGUAUGUUGUUGCAGAGAUUAAUCGUAGAUCGCCACUGUUGUAACUAGUAAGUCCUCUGAUAUUGUCUACUUGGAUUUAUUCUGAGAGAAUUCUUGAAUUAUACUCUUGUGGUUUUUGUUGAUUGUGCUUACAUUAUGAUGAGAGUAUUCUUGAAUGGACAAAUGUGUAAAGCCUUCUGUUUCUUUACUGCCACUACAAGGCCUGAUAUUUCGCCUCUUCGGUUCCCCUUCAUUAGUGCUGUAUGUGAUGACUGGAACCGUUUGCAGAAGGCUUCAAAGUAUCAUGUAUUACUGCAUUUUGGGUUCUGAUUUUGAGAGAGGAUGAGCCUGGCAUGUAUUGUAGCAAUGCCUAUAUCAACUUUUGUUAACAUGAGUUGCGUCUUAAAGCCCAGAAGGACAUCAUGUUAGAACACUAUGUGCAUUAGAACAAGGAUGUACU